UCACCAAAAUACAAAAUACCCUCAAACAGUUCAUUAUUUGCAAAUAAUCAUAUUCAAAACACUUAUAUCUCAUAUGCACCACACACAUACUGAAAAAUGAGUGUAACAAUUCAGAAAUGCAAAAAACGUAUUGCUUCAAAAAUUAAUGUUGCUCACUCAGGGAGAAAUUUCGUUAGUGUCAUGCGAUACUUAUUCCUCUGCUAAUUAUUUUAGGGUUCAUUCGAUCCGAAGGAAGGAUCGGUCCUACUAUUGAUUGAUGAUAAAAAGCAUCCAUUCGAAUAGUAUGGAUCUGUUUACUACUGUGAACGUAAUUGCUUUCCUCACGUAGCGAACCUCCUAAUUAUUCUAUAUUUUUCUACAGAAACAGAGAGUGUGUGAAUUAAAAUUUAACGUCGCAUCGGCAUUAUUUCAGCCAUAUAGCGAUCAGAAACAAAUACAUCUGCUGAAAGAUAUAUAAGGUAUCGGUCCCUAAUGAGGUGCUCCUAGAUCAGUGACAACGCAGAAUUGACGCAGACAUGACAUCCUUGACAAACCUGCUGUAUACCAUCGUGUGUUUCCACCUUUCCUACUUGGAGGUAACAGUGCCCGUUCAGACAAAUAUAGCUCAAGGCAAACCAACCAUUCAGUCCAGCACGUACCUCAAUGCUGUCUCGUCCUAUGCUGUGGAUGGUGUAACAGGAGGAAACUUCCAUACUGACCGUUGUAUGCACACACGUGCUGGCAACGGCUGGUGGAUGGUGGAUCUUCUUCGUGUGUACAAUAUUUCGAGGAUCACUGUUUUCAGGAGAACAGACGUCCUCGGUCGCCCAGAUCUUUUUAAAAUCGUCGGCUUUGAUCUGCAUCCUACACUCUGUCCUCUAUCAUCCCCGAAAGUCUGCGUCAACCAACUCGGCAAUUUCACAGGUCAAUCCAAGACUGUGCCUUGUGAACAGGAGGUCAUGGCCAGAUAUGUAAAAGUUUCCUCCUCUGCUAACGUGAUGAUGUGUGAGAUGCAAGUGUUUGGACAGAAAAUAGGUGGAUGCUUGAGGAAUAAGGUACAAGUGAAAGAAGGCCACAAACUGAAUGACUCCUCUAUCACCGUGCUACGUGGUAAUGCCUCAAGUCUCGUGGAGUGCAGCAUCAACUGUUACAGACUCCACAACUGUCUGUUCUUCAACUUCAACAGACUGACUGGAGAAUGUCAGACAAGAAGUGGCCAGGAAACUUCCGCUUCUUCCUCGGCAGCUAGCUGGGACUUCGGCACAUUUUGUUAAAGGGCUGUUUAUCCUGUCUCUGCUGAAUAUGUUUCAUAUAUGCCAACUGUGUAUGUAUUUAAUAUGUUUUUAUCUAGGCAGGAUAGGCCUGUGACAACGGAAUUUUGUCAGGUUUGGGACUUACUUAAUCCAAAAUCACACACCUAAAUGUGAAAUCUCAAACAUAUAGAUGUUAUUUCUAUGAUUGUGUUAAUAUGCUCAAUGACGUUAUGCAAGCCAUAUGUUUAUGAACAGAUGUUGAAUAAGUCAUGGGGAAACAUGGUAUUCAAUAUACAGUGACUGAGUGAGUGAGUUUAUGCUUUACGUCACAUCGGCAAUAUUUCAGCCCAUCGUUUUAAAUAUACAGAUCUGUCGAAUUUCUCUAUAUUGACGAAAUAUAUGCUUGUGUUCUUAUGUGUACCUUGUAAACAUAUCUAAACACUUUCACUGAUUUGAAAGAUGAAUGUAGACUUUGUGACUUUGCUGAGGCCUUAGGAUGUUUCAGAAAAAUAAGCGGGAACUUUCACAGCUCGUAUCUACACAUUUUUGUAUUACCGUGUUCGUGUAAUGGCAAAAUACAAUUACUAAACUGAUCACGGUCGUGAAUUCAAGUACUGAUCAAUAUCGCUGCGAUGGGUUGUUCGUUUCACGGCCUGUUUCUAUACCUGUAUCCAAAAUUCUAUACGUUAUCAAAUCUCAAAACUGGACCCGUUUGCCACCAAUGCUUCGUUUUGGAAAUGAUGACGCCGGAUUCAAUUCUAGAUCUCUUAUCGCGAAACACAUUUUUCGGUUCGAGUUGUACUUCCAAAAGUCAAGUCGAUUUGUAUGUUCAUCUCUCUGAAUAUUUGACCGUCACUGAAGAUCAUUUAUAUACCAGAAGCUUGUUCACGUGAACAUUAUCUGAUCAUCGAUACACCUUUAUAUGUAAAUCUAUAUAUAAAUGAGAUUAAAAAAUAAGUGUUUCAAAGUAUGGCUACGCAUUAACUUACUUUUCUUGAGAAAACGAUUAAUGUAAACGUUUACCUCAAAGCUUUUGUGAAAAAAUCCCGGAAAUACUUAUUUAAUCAGGUGUUAAACUCCUCACAUGUUUAUACAUGAAGCACCAUACCUUGCUCGUCGGUUUCACCUAAGAGUUUUAAAUGGCAAAGAGCUGCACGAACAUUCCUCCCACAUCAACCUCGCCGUGACACAAGUUGGUUUGUUUAAACCUCCACCUCACACAUUUCAUUACUCUUAUAAACCUGCUACCAUUGGUCACGUUGGUGUAAUGUAUCAUGUUUAUAGCUUUGUGUCCUGCAGCCAUGAAUAACACAUUUAUCUAAACCAAUUCAAACAGCUUGUGUAUAUUUGUCUUUUUCAAAAUAUUGUUUAAAACAACUAUUUCUCACUGACUAUUGCAAAGGCUUUUGAAGGAUUGACACUAAAGGGUUGUUUUACCUGUCUCUGGUAGAUAAGUUUCAUAGAUGUCAACUGUGUCAAUAUUUCAUAUGUAUGUUCUGGGCAGGAUAAGCCUGUGAUAAAAAAAAAAUCACAGAUUUGGGACAUAUCUGGCUCGACAUCACACGUCUGAAUGUGAACUCAAGCAUAUACAUCAGAGUUGUCUAUCUAAUUAUGAUAGUUAUUAUGUUCAAUGACGUUAUGUAGGCAAUCGGUUUAAGAACAAUAUGUUCAUUAAAUUAUGGACAAACAUACAGACACAUAGAAAUUAUUGAUCACUCGAUUGUACGCUUUGUUUACAGACUGUCGUCGCAUCAAGGAAUCCUGCAGUAGUGCUGCGUCAGGCAACACACAUACACUUACUUUCUGUGCAAAUUGUGUGAGUGAGUGGCGGGUUCUACCGUGAGGGCAGGAUAUGCUUUCCAUCCACGCGAAAACCUGGUGACAUUUAUGUUUUUGAGACAUAUUUCCCUAUUACGCUCAAUGGAAUCUCGUCGGCAGAAAAUCGAGACCGGUUAUUUUCUGGACUUUUUGUUUUAUUGUGUAUUUAUUAUGUUCUGAUAACUUAAUUGUCAUGUUGUUUUCAAGGUAUUUGUUUAAUGGCAUAAUAAA